CAUUGAAUAAGAGUUGUGGACAACAUGGCGGACAGAGUCGUGUGGAAGCUUGUUGGUGAAAUCACGGAGUUUUUGUGAGAGUUGCUUGUAGUUAAAAGCAUGGUAAUGGAUACAUUCUAUGUGGUUUCUUAAAGUGCUACUAAAUCAAAUGGUUAAAGUGCAAAAUAAGGGGCGGAUUCUUCACGGGGACGUUGAACAACAUGGUCAGAUAGCACACGGUGAGUGGUAUUUGAGGAGUCAUAGACGGGACGUUUAUGACUCUUCAGACGAGGAUAUAAGCAUACGGAAAGAGUUUAAAGAAGUGAUCAGCUCCCUGAGUGCUGGAGCCGUCGCUGGAGCUGUUGCAAAGACGACCAUUGCGCCUCUGGAUCGGACAAAGAUCAUCUUUCAAAUGUUCAUUUCGGCUAGCAAUGAGGUUGGGGAAGAGGUGUUAGGAAUUAGUGAGGGAGCUGUUGGUGUCUUAAGACAAACAUAUUUAGAAAAUGGAUUCCUUGGUCUCUUCCGAGGAAACAGUGCAACAAUGGCACGGAUCAUUCCUUAUGCUUCUCUGCAGUUUACAGCACAUGAACAGUUUAAACAGUUGCUUAGAAAGGAUGACAAGAAAGGAGCAUUGCCUCCAGUGCGUCGAUUUGUAGCUGGAUCUUUAGCAGGCAUUACAGCUGCGUCAUUCACCUACCCUUUAGAUAUGAUUCGGGCUAGAUUGGCUAUCACACAGAAAAACAGGUACACUGGGCUGAAUAUUUUCACCAAAAUUUACAGAGAAGAAGGGUUUUCGGCCUAUUACAGAGGGUUGCUCCCCACCUUGAUGGGAAUAAUGCCUUAUGCUGGCAUAAGCUUCUUUACGUAUGAAACACUUAAAAAACUGUACUCUGACUACUUCCAUCAGAAAAAACUCAACCCACUCCACAGACUUCUAUUUGGUGCAUGUGCUGGGCUCUUUGGCCAAUCUGCCACAUACCCACUGGAUAUAAUUCGUCGGCGAAUGCAGACUGAUGGGAUUUCUGGGCCUUCAAGGCCAGAGUAUCGCAAAAUGUGGACUACAGCGAAGUAUGUUUAUGCGACGGAAGGAUUGAGAAAGGGCUUGUACAAGGGACUCAGCAUGAAUUGGGUCAAGGGACCCAUUGCUGUUGGAAUAAGUUUUACAACGUUUGAUCUGUUGCACGGUUUUUUCCAGAGGCAUUACAUUCAAGCAGAGACUGGUUGAGGAGGACACAAAUAAGUUUGCCCCCACCCCGCCAAAAAAAAAAAAAAAA